GGGCCUUCAGGCAUCGUUGGUCACCACAGAGCCCAGGAGAAGCCAGGACAUGGACCCCAUAAGUAACGACAGCAGCGAAAUCACCUAUGAUUACUCUGAUGGAACCCCAAAUCCUGACAUGCCUGCAGAUGGCAUUUACAUUCCGAAGAUGCAACCUGGGGACAUUGCAGCCCUUAUUAUCUACUUGGCCGUGUUCCUGGUAGGAGUUCCCGGAAAUGCCCUGGUGGUGUGGGUGACAGCCUUUGAGGCCAGACGUACUGUCAACGCCGUUUGGUUUCUGAAUCUGGCGGUGGCCGACCUCCUCUCGUGCUUGGCACUGCCUAUCCUGUUUACGUCCAUUAUACAGCAUAACCACUGGCCCUUCGGUGACCAGGCCUGUAUAGUCCUGCCCUCGCUCAUCCUGCUCAACAUGUACUCCAGCAUCCUGCUGCUGGCCACUAUUAGUGCCGACCGUUUCCUGCUGGUGUUCAAACCCAUCUGGUGUCAGAAGUUCCGCCGGACUGGCCUGGCCUGGAUGGCUUGCGGAGUAACCUGGGUCUUAGCAUUGCUCCUCACCAUUCCGUCCUUCGUGUUCCGGCGGAUACAUAAGGACCCCUACUCAGAUAGCAUUCGAUGUAAUAUUGACUAUAGUAAGGGUCCGUUCUUCAUAGAGAAGGCUGUAGCCAUCCUGCGGCUGAUGGUGGGUUUUGUGUUGCCUCUGCUCACUCUUAACAUCUGCUACACCUUCCUCCUGAUCCGGACCUGGAGUCGCAAGGCCACGCGCUCCACCAAGACGCUCAAAGUGGUGAUGGCGGUGGUCACAUGUUUCUUUGUCUUCUGGCUACCCUACCAGGUAACAGGGGUGAUGUUAGCUUGGCUGUUCCCGUCCUCAUCCACUUUUCAGUCAGUGGAGAGGCUGAACUCCUUGUGCGUUUCCCUGGCCUACAUCAACUGCUGUGUUAACCCUAUCAUCUACGUCAUGGCUGGCCAGGGUUUCCAUGGGAGACUCCGAAGGUCACUCCCCAGCAUCAUACGAAACGUGCUCUCUGAGGACUCCUUGGGCAGGGACAGCAAGAGUUUCACUCGGUCCACGAUGGAUACCUCCACCCAGAAGAGUCAGGCAGUGUAGAGGAGAUGCCACAACUGGCCUAGCUGCUCCUUUUCCAGUCCUCCUCCCCUUCCUCCCUCCUCCUCCCACCCCUCCUCCCUUCCUCCCAUCUCUUUGCAUGUUUAAUUUUAUGCGAUUCUCUUUAAGUUGCCCUGACUAGCCUUGAGCCCAGGAUGCUCACGGAUGCUGAGAUUAUAGGUAAAAAUUCCUUUGGAGAGAAACAUCACAUUAAGAUAUUACUGGGCUUUUUUUCUGAGGCAGGCCUUGGCCUCGUUGCCCAUCUGCAGUGUCUAGGCAGAUACACCUAGUGAUGACCUCCAGGGGUCGGGUAACAGAGAACCCAGGUCUCGAGGGAACCCGGGGCUCAUGGAUAUACUACGUGAGUAAGCUAUAGCCCUAGACUCCAGGCAACAAGUAAGCACCCACCCUUUAUUUCUUUUCUAUGUCUGAUUUUUUUGUUUAUUUGAGACAAAGUCCAUGUAGGCUAGUCUAGCCAUAGACUCCUCCUGUGAUCACCCUCCAGAGGUCGAGACUGUAGACCUGUGCUACCAUGCCCGACCUAUCCCUUAUUUCUGCAAUUUUGUCUUUUCAAAAAUGGUAUUCGACAGAACCCAACAUAUCCAAGUUUUGUAAAAACAACUGUGCACGGCUUACACGAUAAAAAAUUUUUGUUUUUUAAAAAAGGUA